AUGUCCCUGCGCAUCUGUGCAGAGAUGAGAGUCUGUGCUAAGUCAGUGUUGCUGUCACACGGGCUCUUCUUGGCCUACGUGUUGAUGGUAUGCUGCAAGCUGCUGUCCGCCUCGAGCCAGCACCUCCGGGGACACACAGGCCACCACCAAAUCAGGCAAGGGACCUGUGAGGUGGUGGCCGUGCACAGGUGCUGCAAUAAAAACCGCAUCGAAGAGCGGUCCCAAACGGUCAAGUGUUCCUGCUUCCCGGGACAGGUUGCUGGCACAACUCGGGCACAGCCUUCAUGUGUUGAAGCUUCCAUCGUGAUACAGAAAUGGUGGUGUCACAUGGAUCCCUGUUUGGAAGGAGAGGACUGUAAAGUGCUGCCCGAUUACUCAGGUUGGUCCUGUAGCAGUGGCAAUAAAGUCAAAACGACCAAGGCACAUAGAGUAAAUUCACUUGUGGAGCUGCGAGUGGCUUCCACGAAGAGCUUGGUGUCCACGGAAGCUCUGUUUUUUCUUAAAAUCAGCACUGACCUUACACCACAGCCUCUGCCCAAGAGUGAAGAGCAGUGGUUCUCAUCCAGAGGCAAUUUAAUUUUUCCCCCAGGGGACAUCUGA